GGGCGGCUAAACAGUAUCAGUGUCAGUUCAGCCUUAUUCAAUUCAACUCAAACCGCCCCCAAAAGAGCAACCCUUCAAUCAAGAUGUACGCCAAGGUUGUGAUCUGUUUCGCUCUAUGCGCCCUGAGCUCAGUGUCGGCCGGAGUUCUGCCCGUGGCUGCUCCACUGGCUGCAGCCGGAGUCGUGGCUCCCUACGCCACCUCAUACAACGCUCACACCGUGAACCACAACAUUGCGGCCCCCUAUGUUGCGGCCACUCCAGUCGCUGCCCCAGUGGUUGCCAAGUAUGUCGCCGCUCCGGCUCCACUGGCUGCUGCCCGGAUCGUUUCCGCCGCUCCUGCCUUGGCUGCCUACAGUGCACCAGCCUUGGCCGCCUACAGUUCACCAGCCUUGGCCGCCUACAGUUCACCAGCCUUGGCCGCCUACACCGCUCCCGCUCUUGCUGCCUACAGUGCGACCCCAUACACCUAUCCCUACCUGAUCUAAACCUCGAUCCCAAAACCGCUAGCUCCCGACAGAAGAUUAAAUGUGUUCUAGUCAAAUUGACCGUUCAAGUUUCGUCCAAUAGCUGAAUUCAAUAAAUUUGUUAGUAGAGUAUUUUUGCAUGAAA